AUGGGCAACAUCCUUGACAACAAUCUCUGCUGCGCACGCUCCGCCAAAGUGAAGGUAGAACUUGAUCGCUUCAAGAACCGUCUUGAAGCCUGCAACAAGAAGCUGGAUGCGCUUGUGCAGGAGGAGAUCAAUGACAUCUUUGGACAAGUUGACGUUGAUGGCAGCCAUGCUUUAGACCUUCAAGAGGCUAAAGCCCUGGUAGGCAAGCUGGAAGAAAAAGGUUUUGAAUUCCCGUCAGACAUCAGCACCUUUGACCAGGAUGGUGACGGAAACAUCAACAAAACGGAGGUUUCGUUUGCUGUGCGCUCAGCACUGCGCGAGCGCCCCAAGAAUCUGGAGCUGUUGAGCAGCAGAUGUGAAGAUGUGGACAUCCUCAGCCGAGACGCGUGGGACUUGAUUGAUGUCACUAAGGACGGAUACAUCAGCAUCCCAGAGCUGUCCAUGUUCUAUAGUGACCUCGGGAAGGUUAUGGACGAGAAGCCUCCGACGUACCAGGAGCUGCUUGAACUUGCCCGGAAGUAUGACACUGACAGCGACAGCGUUCUGACGUAUGAAGAGUUUGAGCUGCUGUUUUGCGACUACUUGUGCCGGACUUGCUUCAAGCCGGAGGAGUUUGAAGUCCAAGAUUCCGCAUCUGAACCAGACAAGACACCGAACUGA